CUUUGUUUAAUAACAUGGCGGCCGACGUCUUGUACCAGCGAUUCUGGCUUUGACCUCUGAAUACUGUAGUGUAGUAGGGAAUCAAAAGCAUUGACAGGAAAAAGCAGUUAUGUAGAUUUUGCAAGAAAGCAGGUAGGACAAAGCAUAAUUCGAUGUAUGAAGUUUCUACCACGUUUUAAAACAGUAAAUCGGUGACAAAGGGGCACCCAACGACAAUUUUCGGAAAAUAUCUGUUCGGAAGACGAUUUGAGAACUAGAAUUUUCGGAACAUUUGUUGUAACAUUGUUUGCUUGCAUGCCUCUGCUAGGAUUUUCGAACAUCUAAAAACUACUAUAAUUGCCCAUUUUUAACGGAUUUUUACCCUUAAAAGGUCGCCUAGAAUUUUCGGGAGCCUUUUUUCUGGCUGAAAUUUUCGAAAAGGUAAGUUUUGAUCCCUAUAAUUUUCCUGAAUUUUCGGAUCACUUAACUUUCAGCUAGGAAAUCCGAUAGCAAGUGCUGCAUUGUUGCGCGAACGCGGUCGCUAAGCUUGAAUAUUCACGUCGCGUAUUAUACCUGGUAGUUCGCGGUCAUAUCGAAGCGUAAAGGUCAACAGUGGUUGUUGAUGAGCGAGCAAUUAUUGUGCAGUUGCGAUGGGUUUUGUGGAGCCAGCGAGCAAGAAGCAGGAGCACACGUUACCUGCAGAUUAGCCGAUGGCAAUUUGGAGCGGAUUUGUCGAUUAUUCUCGAAUUUAUAGCGCUUCGUGUGAAGGCGCGUGGAGAUGGUCUGUUUGUUUUGUAGCCAGCCUUUAAUUCUUCUUUAGUAGAUAGUACCUACAAUUGCAAAACUCAACAAAAUGCCACUUAAGCCGGCCAGGAAAGACAAGGAUACGUUCAGUUGAAGGUAUCUUAGCUUUGUUUUGUUAUAUUUCGACUUUUGGACUAUUUUAGUUCAUGGGAGUUUCGACGACUCAUCGCAUUAAUUUGUCCAUGUGAAUAUUAUUAUAUUCAUUCAGUGACACAUACUACGUCUGGGCCGCCUGUGGUCAGUAUUCGUACUGGAAUGCACUGAUUUUUGGGGCAGCAAAAUUUCAAGUCGACGUUAAGGAGGGGAAGGGGGGGCGGGGUCUGACCUAAACGACCAGUAACUGGUUGACGUUAAGCGGGGGAAAAGUGAAUCUGUCGACGGCCCCUAACUUGCCGGCGAAUUAUUUAGCAACUAAAAAUUUUGCAACGUUUCUCAUAAUGGCGGUAUAGCUUCAGAGGCGACUGGUGAGUUUGGCAACUCGUGCGUUCAGUGCUUUCUAGCUUGUAAUCGUCUAACGACGGUUUCCAACCUUAAUACAUUGAAAACACUUUUCAGAGUAUCCAGUGUACUUUUAGGUCUCUAGAAAUGCAUUCUAAGCGGCGCUAUAAUCGCGCUCAUCCUAGGGGAACCUGACUCUUUUCGAAGUUACAAGGGCUUCGGUACCGUAUUAUUUUCUCGAAAAAUUUAGAUUUAAUUUAACCUAUUAGGAAGAAACGAAAUCCUCUUUCCAUCACACUUUUGAAUCCGAAAAUUUUCGUUUUUCUUUUCUCUACAAAAGCGAAAUAAAUUAAAAUAAUGAAAUAAAGUGGGGAGUGAAAAUAAUGUGAAAAAAAUUAAACUUCAGAAAACCGUAUGAGUGGAGCGGUCACCGAGAAACUUUAAGUUUUAGCCAUCCUCAAGUAACAGAAAAUUCUAGGCAAUCAGUUUACUUUUCAGAAUAGAUAUUUUAAAGAAAACAGUCAUUAGGUGCCCCUGUUUAAUCGCCGUUGUCUCAAAACGUAUUUGAUUAAAAGGUGUACAAGGGCGAUUUGGACAAUUUGAAAACAGCUGAAAAGUAACGUCUGAGAAUCUGAGCCGCCAAACGAUUUCAGACGUUACUUUUGUGGGUGGAGGAAAUACGUCUGUGUUAGCAAUCUAUUUAAUAAUCGCACUCGUCUGGGAUAGACCUGGACUAGUACUGCAGUCUCCGUGCAGUCUAUCGCUGGGUUUGCACAAAAUGUCACAGUAAACAUGCUGGUUGACGGAGGUUAACCCUUCUUUUCAUGAAAAUUCUUCCAACAAAAAACAUUACAACAGCAUGGCUGCCUCGCCUGUAGUUUCAAACCAAGCAUAUACCGUAAAUCCUCUAUUAAGACCCCGGAUUUUUUUAAAAGCACUUUUGAGGGGGGGUGCUUAAUAGAGAGGGGGGGGCUUUUUUAAUGAAGCGAAACCCAUCAGCGGCAGCAAAAAUACCAUAGUUAGAGACAGAGUAGACUUACGUGUAGUAAUAGUCUGAAUAAACCAUAACUUAUCAAGUUCACAUUAACUGUUUGCGAAGAAUAAGGAUGGAGGGAAGGGGGAAGGGAGGCUUAUUAACUUUCCUCCUCUGAAAAGGGGGGGGGAGGGGGGCUUAUUGGAGAGAGAGGCUUAUUUGACAAGGGGGGCUUAAUAGAGGAUUUAAAAAUGUUUAUAUCAUCUUUCAGAUUUCACGCUGACGUCACCAAUUGAAAUUAAUGUGCCAACGGCUAUUCUGAAUUUCAGAUAUAUCUUUGAGUCACUUACCGACCUUACUCCCUUUGAGAACUCGUCUCUAGGUAUGUGGAAGGGGUGCCAAUUGUCAAUAGAAGGUAAAUGAAAGGGGUACCUUUUCUCUCAGAAAUGGUAUGUAAAAAGGGCAAGGGGUUGGACCGUUAGGCGAUGCCUCCCCGUAUGAAAUUUUGUUAAGUAGCCCCCCCAGAGGGCGUGAUUUGUGCACUUUUUGGAAAUGAUCUGGUGAGUCUCGAGACCCUUGCGCUCUUCCGACCGUGCUUAAAAACUUUUUUCGCGCCGUUUCCACAACCCAACUGACUGCCUCUAGGUCGGUAGAGGAAUCCGAUAAUCGGGCUUCAAAGUCUCUCCAGGCUAUAGAAUUAUUAGAAUUAUUUCGAUUAAAUAAAUCAUGUAAACAUUUUUAAUCAACAUUUCCUCAUUCCAGAAAUUAUAUUAAGGCAAGAGCCAUAAUGGCUCUUGAUUAAAGGGAACUGGGACAAGUUUUUGGCGCAAGGAUAUCUGGGAUCAUUUGGGUAGACAAGCGUUUCUUAUGAUUGGUUGAUAGUUACCUUGGAAACCAUCGACCAAAUAGAUUUGCCCACCCAACCGUUCCCGGAACUCACUGCAUUAAAAGCUUGUUAGUUAUAUUUAAUUUUUGAAUUAUAGUUAAUUGAUAGGAAAUUAUAUUUUUUUUCAGGCUUCCACUUCGUGGCUUUUUCAUGUAUCCCGGAGUUUUUGAAUUACGUAAACUCAACGUUCGAUCAUUCAUCAUUUACUCAGUGCUAAUAUUCAAGUCUGAUAAAUUUUAGCUUUGGUCUUGACAAAAGUUAUUGGGCCUCAGUAGCCUACAGAAAAUGACUUCAACAAAAGUACAAAUGUACAUGCAAUGUUUUCUUGCACUUGUGAUAAUAGUAAUAAUCAUCAUCUGGGCUUUACUGCCUCUUAAAAUAGAGUUAAAAAAAAAGAAUACAUCUGCAUCGAUCUCGAAAUUAGACCCUGGGAACGGUGAAGUGUCGUCCUCAUCACCAUUAAACUCUACACGCGUGGGUAGGAAAUGGUCCGUGCUUUUGGUCUACACUGGUUUUUUCGGCGAGCAAGAGUGGUUUGGGAUCAAUGAAGAUUGCAAAUCACCACAACUAAACGGGAGCUGUUCAAAAGAUUUGUUUAAUGUAACUUACGAUAAAGGCCGGUUUCUUGAAAGCGAUUAUGUCUUGUUUCACGGCAGAGACAUGCCGAGUACGAGUCACAUGAGAAUGAUCUGGAAGAAAAAACCUUCUUCACAAUUUUGGAUAUAUCACAUUAUGGAAAGUCCAAAAGCUACUCCUGAUACGAGGCCCUUGGAUGGUAUGUUUGACAUAACCAUGACCUACAGAGUUGAUUCCGAUAUCCGGAGAUCGUACGGUUGGUACGAAGAGAUUCCUUUAAAAGACCAGAAAAACGUUUUACAGGAAGAUUUUUCGGUUGGAAAAACCAAGCUUGUUUCCUGGAUGGUUAGCAACUGCAACGCUCAGUUGAGGAAACUAUUUGUUCAUGAAUUACAGAAAUAUAUUGCAGUUGAUGUAUUUGGGAUGUGUUCGAGAGAAUUUGGCCAACCAAAGUCUUGCCCGAAAGAGUCAUGUAAAGACAUUAUCAAAAAGUACAAGUUCUACCUCAGUUUUGAAAAUGUACUGUGUAAAGACUACAUUACUGAGAAGUACUGGUUACAUUUGGGUAAGUAAAAAGUCAGCUAUUCUUCUUUUCUUUUCAACUGAAAAAACUUAAUCACAACUUUUAGGGACUCUUACAAAACUUGUUAUGCAAACAUGGGAGGGGCUGGUUGGGGUAGUCUAUAAGAUACUACGUGCGAAAGGACGCAGCAACUCCCAACAAACAGUGCUGGGAGUUGUUGCGUCCGUGUUGAUAGUGGUUUGCAAAUGGAUGAAACAACUCUCAACAAACAAUGUUGGGAGUUGUUGCGUCCUUGUUGAUAGUGGUGUACAAACGGAUGCAACGACUCCCAACAAUGUUGGCCCAUCACAGGUGUUGGUCCGUCACGCGAAGUUAUUGCUUUGCUGUCUCCAAGGAGACCAUGUGUAAUGCGCGUUCUUUGUGACCCCAACAAUGUUGGGAGAGCUGUGCAACAUUAUAGUGCUACGGUUUGGCGAUCACGGAACUAAAGAAAUAUUGGGAGUUCUUGGCUCAAAAGUUUUACUGGUUUCAAACUUCUGGCAACAACUCCCAACAACACGCAGCAACAUACAGCAACAUGCAACAGGUUUUGUGGUUUUCAGUGGGUCAAAGAGUUAAGCUUCGGCUAAACAAUUAAUCAUUUUCGUCUAACAUUGUGUUGAUACGCCUUUUUACGGUCUGAUUUUGUCUUACUGCAACACAGGUGGCCCAAGCGUAAUAUGAGAGUUUGUAUGGGAAAAAUAGAGUUUGAAACUUAGAUGAAAUAAAUGAAGUAAAAGCGAUAAAAGUUCUCAAUUAAGUGUAAAUAUUGUUACCUGGAGUCGUUGUCUUUGCUUUUACGAAGUUUCAGUGCGAUUUGAGUACUUUUACAGCAUCUGACCUGACAGUGUAAUAAUAAGAGACAAGGUAGGACAGAAUCGCUCGAUCGAUCUUCAAAGCAGCUCAGAAUCAGCUCCAAAUUUCACGCGAAAAAACAAACACACUUACAUUUUACGCCGCCAAAUCCACAAAGUGGUACGUUAAGAUCACUUUCCUGCAAUGCGUUCCGGUAAACCUUGCGUUUGGAUCGCAUAACUUGAUCGAAAAGAUCAACUACAGUUCAAAAAUCGGCGCCAUUUAUCCGUGACUAGUAAAAGUGUAACAUUUCAACCGUUUUGUCGCUCGGCGGUGACUGGGCGCUAACGUCAAAUAAUAACUCACCGGGAGAGGGUGACAUUACUUCGUUAAGACAAAUCUCCACUCACCCACCUCAGAGCAAGGUCGGCUUCUUUGUUUUUACUCGGCCAAUGAACGAAGCAACAAAACAAAAAAAAAGAGAAGCCAACCUUGCUCGGAGGUUGGCUCGGAGGUGGGUGCGUAGAGAUUUGUCUUAACGAAGUAAUGUCACCCUCUCCCGGUGAGUUAUUAUUUGACGUUAGCGCCCAGUCACCGCCGAGCGACAAAACGGUUGAAAUGUUACACUUUUACUAGUCACGGAUAAAUGGCGCCGAUUUUUGAACUGUAGUUGAUCUUUUCGAUCAAGUUAUGCGAUCCAAACGCAAGGUUUACCGGAACGCAUUGCAGGAAAGUGAUCUUAACGUACCACUUUGUGGAUUUGGCGGCGUAAAAUGUAAGUGUGUUUGUUUUUUCGCGUGAAAUUUGGAGCUGAUUCUGAGCUGCUUUGAAGAUCGAUCGAGCGAUUCUGUCCUACCUUGUCUCUUAUUAUUACACUGUCAGGUCAGAUGCUGUAAAAGUACUCAAAUCGCGCUGAAACUUCGUAAAAGCAAAGACAACGACUCUAGGUAACAAUAUUUACACUUUAUUGAGAACUUUUAUCGCUUUUACUUCAUUUAUUUCAUCUAAGUUUCAAACUCUAUUUUUCCCAUACAAACUCUCAUAUUACGCUUGGGCCACCUGUGACUGCAACACAGGUGACGAGAAUAUUGUACCAGUUGUGAUGGGAGGAGCAGACUACAGCAAACUUGCUAUUCCAGGUUCUUAUAUCAAUGUACUGGAUUUCAACACUGUGAAAGACCUUGCAGAUUACCUUCAUUAUCUCGACCAGAACAUUACGGCUUACAACGAGUACUUUAAGUGGAGGAAAAGAUACCGUAUGGGCGGGGAAUGGUCUGUCCUCUGCCAAUUUUGCGAAAAAGGUAGUUCGUUAACUGGGCUCCAAUUAAAACACAACCAAGAUCUCACUGACUUCUGGGUUAGACAAGGGAAGUGUGAUGAAAAGGACCAACUCGUGCGCAAGAUGUGGACUGCGUAG